CGCUUUAGUGCCGCGCGCGUUCUCGAGUCGGUCGCUCGCAAAUCUGUCGGCGUGCGCGCGCAAGAGAGAGAGAAAGAAAGAAAAAGAGAGAAAGAGCGAGAGACGAUAAUAUCGCGGCUACUGUUGCUGGCACGCCGAGCGAUAACAGUACGAAGUUCCGCUCUUAUCGCAUUUCUUCUUUUUCGUCCUCUUCCGCCAUCUGUAUCUUUUCCUCCCCCUCCCUCUCUCUCUCUCUGUCUAUCUUUCUCGCUCUAUUUUACGAUAUCCCCUCCUUCCUGCAGCUCUCUCGCUCUCUCGGCAGCUGUGUGUUUCGCCGGCAUUGCGGAGUGAACGUUACCGGUUUCAGGUUUGAAGCGCGCCACGGAAUACACGCAGCGUCGAUCCUGCGCUCUUCGCUUUUUCGAGGCGUUCGAUCGCGAGGGCCACGAGAGAGAAAGACGACGCCGCCACCAUUUUGGCAGUACGGCCGGCAAGAUCGCGUGGAGCAGCUGCACAAACGCCUAUCUAUUUUCGGAUCGGAUAUUCCCCGAAGGGGAAAGUGGACCUCGCGUUUUGGUACUGUACGGGCGUGCGGAGGAUAAUUACGUGCCUCUCUCUCUCUCUCUUUCUCUCUCCCUUCCUCCCUCCCACCCUCGCUCUCAGCUAUCUCACACGGGGUUUCCACGAGGAGCACACGGCGUGGGUGCGGCGACGACGGCAGCGGCAUCAUGGCGGUGGAAUCGAGGUGGUUGCCGUGUCAGGUGAGGGUCGAACCGGAUAUCUGCAGCUGCGAUUACGACGGCGUUAUCCUGGUCUCAGAAUGUCCGCCCGGCAUCACCGAGCCGGAACCUUUCAAAACCGUCCUGUACGCCGCGGCGCAAAUCGAUGCCGGGCUGGGCGUACUCGGCGCUGUUUUGUCCAUCAAUUUGCCCGCAAAAAGGCUCAUUUACAGUCCAACGGGUCCGAUUAACAUGGAUUAUCACGACGUGCGGAGCUUCGCCGAGGCCGCUGAGCAGGGAAUGAAACGGGCAUUGCAAGCUGGAGUGAGGCGGCCGCUGCUGGUGCUACUGCCCGAUGAACGUUUCGAGAACGUCGAGAUGGUCACGCUCCUCGGCUGCUUGGAGGCCCUCUACGUGCCCCUGGAGGUGCGAGAGAUAUGUCCGGAGCGGAGCUACAAGGCGUAUCAUCUCGGGGUGUGGAGUCCGAUUUGCAGUAAGAAGCUUCAGAGUAUCGUGAAACUCGCCUCGGCGCUCGAGAGUGGCAGAUUCGUCGCAAGGGACAUCGGUGGCGCCGACCCCGAGAGAAUGGCACCCCCGAGGGUGGAGGAGUACCUGGCGGAUCUGUUUUACGGUUCGAGCGUUACGAUGCAAGUGAUAUCCGAUCAGGAGACUCUGCUGCAGGAGUAUCCGCUGUUCGCCUGUGUGAAUCGCGCCGCCUCGGUGAUAGCACGCCACGCGGGCAGGAUAAUAUUCCUGACUUACGAGCCACCCACGUCCUGCGUCCUGGAGACGAUCAUGCUGGUGGGCAAGGGCGUCACUUACGACACCGGUGGUGCCGACAUCAAAUACGACGGCGUCAUGUCUGGGAUGUCGAGGGACAAAUGUGGCGCGGCCGCCUGCGCUGGAUUCAUGCAGGUGGUGAACUCGCUGAAGCCGCCGACGGUGAAGGUGGUCGCCGCGCUGUGCAUGGUGCGGAACAGUGUAGGCGAGAACUGCUACGUCGCCGAUGAGGUGAUCACUGCGAAAUCCGGCAUGAGGGUGCGGGUGGGCAACACCGACGCCGAGGGCAGGAUGGCUAUGGCCGACGCCCUCUAUCAUCUCAAGGAAAUGGCCAUGAACGCGGUGAACCCGCAUCUGUUCACGAUCGCCACGUUAACGGGCCACGCGGUGUUGACUACAGGCCCGGGAUAUUCAAUCGCGAUGGACAAUGCGGUGGCGCGAGCGAAUUGCAACGCGGAGAAGCUGCAGACUUCAGGCGAGAUGAUGGGCGAUCCGUUCGAGAUAUCGCGGAUACGCAGGGAGGACUUCCACGUUCACCGGGGCCGCGCGGAGGGCGAUGACGUCCUCCAGGCGUUGAAUAGGCCCAGCUCGAAAACUCCGAGGGGUCAUCAGGGGCCGGCCGCUUUUCUAAUCAGAACGUCCGGAUUGGACAAGCACGGCGUCGGGUCGGAGAAGCCUCUGAAGUACAGCCACCUGGACAUAGCCGGUAGCGCGGGCGAUUUUCCCGACCGACCGACCGGCUCGCCGAUCCUGACGUUAGCUAAAGCCUUUCUUGUCGAUAAAAUUACGUCGGAGAGCGAAGAUCAGUGAUCUCGAUGCCGACUGUUGCAAACAAUCUGCCGUCGUUCACAGUUUCUCUACCUAAGACGUUAUCUCCACGGAACUUCAGAUACAGUUUCAACGCGAAUUCGUUUCUUACAAAACGCGGGCGCACCUCGUUCUUUCUCACUGCCUCUCGAGACAUACCGCGUAAUUAGAGAGGAGUUUGGGAAUUACAGAUAAGAGCUCGAUGAAUCACGGAACUCGAGUGAACGGACGAGGGGGUCUCGACAGUCGCACGAUUAUCGAGCCCCCGUCCAUCGGGAGCGAUCUCAGCUUUCCUACGAGCCCUGAUUAAAGUCUCGAAAAGAUCGUCUACAUCGAAGAUGGCGACACUGCGGAGUAGAGAGUGAGGUUUUUCCAGCGGAACAAACCGUAACCCCGGGAGUAGGCGAAAUGGAUCAUUCCCAUUUCCUGCUCUCUACUGCCUUGCUACCAGCCGAUACUCUACUCCUUACUUAUUGUUGCCAACUUCCAAUGUAGACGGUCUUAAAGUGCGAUCUACAAUGAGCAGCGAGAGUAUAUUCGUAAGAAAUAAGAAUAAGAAACUGACCGAUCACGUUCGAAUGUAAGGAGAAUAAUCGACUACAAUUGGUUAAUUUCUUACUUUCUUUUCUUACAAACAUACUCCUACUGUUCAUCGUAGACCACGUGUUAGACUUCUGAAGACGAAGAUAAUCGAUAUGCUCACUCGGUUCACGCUGCGCGUGCGCGGGCGGAAUCAGACCCAAAUCCCGGCGCGCCGUCAAGUCCCGCGGUCACGUGGUCCGCUCCCACUCCCGCGCGCUGCCAUUGGCGCGAGCCGACCAUGUGCUCGGCCGCGUCUGCGCGGUCAUUCAUCUCACUCGGGACGACCAGUCAAGCCGGAGCGAGCAGUUCGCGACGCGCUAGCGCGUAUUGCGCAUUAUAAGGGGGCUUUGCUCGCCGCUCCGGCGAAUAGCACGUCGAACGGCACUCGCCGACAUCGAGCGUCCACGAAGAGGCUGCAACGCGCGAACGGGUCAACGAAACGAGAAGCAUUCUUUUCGACGUGCGAUCCUGCGUCAUCCGCUUUUUCACAUUCAUCGAGACACCGUCGUUCGUUCUAGCGAGUUCCGUUAUAGUCGAGUAACGCUUUGUUCGCCGCGCGAGUUACUUCAAAUGCAGUUUUCACGAGCCACGUGUGACAUCGUGAUUCGAAGUUUUGUAAUUCUUAUUAUACGUAUAGAAUGAAUAUCACGAGAAAGCUGGGAAAUAAAGCCGGGCAUGUUUCUGCAGAUCCACUUGAAUUUCGAAUCGAUCGGUCGGCUCGCGGACAGGCUCGCGUCUC